CGGGAGGGAGGGGAGCGCUGCCAGCCCCGGUGGUGCGGGCACCGGCACCGGCACCGGCACCGGCACUGGCACAGGCACGGGCACCGGCAGCGGAGCGGGGCUGGAGCCGAGCCCGGCGGAGGGAUGGGGCAGCGGCGGGGCCCGGCCGUGCUGCUCCUCGCCCUGGGGCACCUGGCCGGGCUGCUGGCAGCGGGACCUGCCUGCGCCGACGCUUACCGCGGCCUCUCGGACUGCGUCCUCAAGCUGGGGGACAGCAUGGCCACGUACGAGGAGGAGGAGGGCAUCGAGCUGCAGGGGCUGCGCCGGGUCUGCAGGUAUUGGGAUGAAUUCCACACCUGUGCCCUGACAGUGCUCUGGGACUGCCAGAAGGAAGCAGCAGCUGUUUGGGAGAUGCUGAGAAGGGAGUCCCGAAAAAACAAAUUUCAAGGCAGCUUGUUUGACCUCUGCAGCCCCAGCAUGGCCCAAAGCUCUGCCUGGACCCACGUUCCCAACAUUUCCAUCCUCAGCAUCCCCCUCAUCGUCACUUGGCUGAACUUAUAAACUGCAGCUCUGUGAGUACUCCAACUAAAGUGGUGGCAGUGCGUGGCGUGGCAUCUUUCAGAUCUAUUUUCCAAACCUUUGAGGAAUACACUGUGUGGAGCUCAGAAACUCCCAGCUCCAUCCUGCGCCUGUGAGACAUGGAAGAGCUUGGCAGCAUCUCCAGGGUGUUGAAAUUUCUCUGUAAUUUGGAGUAACUCCUCUCCCCCUUCUGCCUCAAGGCACAGGCACAGAUCUGGCUGUUGGGAGAUUUGGGAACUUGUAAAUACAGGGCACAGGAUUUCGGGAGAAAUGAUAAAUUUCUUCUGGAAAAUGAUGAAUGCUGCAUACUUCUGCACGCUUUCAUGGCAACUGGAAGGAAACCUGUUUACUUUGCUGACUCUUUCCACCAGAUCAACUCUCCAGGGUUUUGAUUUGGACACUCAAAACAAGAUGGGUGUUUUUCCCACUGCUCCAUGAGGUGCAGGGGAUGGUGUCUGUCCUGUCACAGGCUGAAGGGAAACCUUACUGCCCUGAACUGGCCUUUCUUCUUUGAGGACGUGGUAAAACCCCUGCUGAACAAUAAUCACAGUUGCAUGACUUCUCUUGCACACAUCUGAAUUCCUGAAUUCUGUGUUAUGCAUAAAUCCCUUUUCUAUGGACAGAGGUGAAAAAUAUUUGGGAGGAGAGGGAGUAUCAAACUAGGAGGAUAAAAGGGAUUUAUAGCAACUCUUCUGCUUUAAAGCUUUCCCCAAGGUACCUGUAAGCAGCUGUGGGUAGAAGUGUGUAAUUCCAGAGUAUUAAAGCUUGUUGUAGAGCCAACAGCAUGGCAGAAGUUAUUUGUCCUGGCUCUUACUCGACAGCAGAGUCUCCUCCUGUCUCCUUUGUGGCUCAGAGUGUUGUCAGUUUUGCAGCCUCAGUACAAGCAUGGAAGUAUUUGGAACAGAGGUGUUUGCAAGUGGUUUCUGAGUAUGUUGGAGAAACACAAGAACAUUACUGGUUAGCCCAAGGCAGUCUGUGUUCUAAGGAUGCUGGUGGAUCUCUGUGCCCUGCCUGGCUGCACAGGGCCAUGGGGUGUGUGCUCAGUGUGAGCAGGGGAACCAGGGCCCUGCUAACUCCACAGAUCCCACCAGAUGCAUUCCAGGCACUGGGCAAGCCUCUAGAGCAAAGGAUCUUAGUCCUAACACUGGUGUUGAGUCAUGCAGCUUUCCUCUGGCAUUCACAUGUUCUUCCUCUUACUUCACUAUCCCUCAACCCCCUGCUCCUGCAGCAGCAGCAGCAGAUAAUGAAGAAAAUGGAGCAAAUUCCAAGAAAUAAGCCAGGGCAGAGCAGCUGGUGUUCAGACAGCACUUCAGUGCACAAGUUGUUACUUAUGUAUUCAGUACUCAGCAUCUGGGGCACAAAGCCUUAGGGUGAGCAGUGGAGAAAGGUAAUUCAGAGCAUGGUAAAACCUGGAGUGAACCACUCCGAUUCAGCUUCACUUCUUUCUUUGUACUCCACACCAACAGCACUGUUUUUUCUCUGAUUCUGUUCCCCCCUCCCCUGUUAACUUUAGUGGCUGGGGAAAUCUGAAGCAGGGGAGUCAUGUACAACCAAGGCUGGAGUAUGAAUCCCGUACCUGUUCUUUGUUUAGAACAACUGUUUAAUGCCAUUAGGAAAAGAAGUAAGCACAGCCCCAUAAAAUCUCACAACCAUUGCCUUCUCUUUGAAUUUGGCAAUUCCUCUCUUGAAAUUUUCUACAUUAAAAUAGCUUUGGGGAAAGGAAAGGUAAAAGAAUCAGAUGGGCAAGAAAUCUUUUUGCAAAACCAUGGAUGCACAUGGAUGAUUGUCACUGUCUCUGAGAAGAACAGGUCUUGGGACAUAUCUUCCCUGGAAGCAAAUCCCUCAACUAUUGCACACAAAAAAAACCCCAAAGAUUCAUUAAGAAACAAAGACCAUCUGCCACUGUUCUGGUAUGGAGCAGCAGAUUUUUUUUUUGUAAGCCAAAGGUGCUUCUAAAUCUGACUGAAAGCAUGUGAGAGAAAACUAGGUCUCACAGUAUGGGAGUGAUGAGUUUCCUCAAUCAGUAUUUCAUUUUUAGCAGAACUUCCUCUAUGACUAGGACAAUUAAAGUAGAAGUCCUUAAAAAAAAAAAAAAAAGGUAAUACACGGGUUCAUUUCUCCUAGGCAGUCAGCAGCCUUUCAGAAAGAUUUCUGAUCCUACAGCACACUUCAUGGUGCUGCAGUGCAGCUCCUGGGAUGUCCUGCAGCCUCAGUGUUAAAGCCCCAUUUGUCAAGGAUUCUUCUCAUGGCUUUGCUGUGAGUUUCUCCAGAUACAAAGCUGUCCCCAGAUUUCUGCCCCCAGGGAAGCUGCUGAAGCUGUUCCAGCAUAUCUUGUGUAUUCAAAAAGAAAUGGGUUAAAUGUUCCUCAGUCCAAAGUCUCCACCUUUGCUCUUGCAGGGGAACAAAGGUGGCAGCCCUGUUAAUACAGACCCACAGCAACUCUGGGAGCAGCUGGAAGAACGUGGCUUUGUCUCCUUGCUCUCAGAUUCACUGUAAUUAAUCCUCACUCCUGCUUGCCUCAAGAACAGCCCUGAACACAGGAGUUCACACCAGGCUUUGGUGUGGUAUUAAGCCUUGAAGUAAACCUGCAAGCUUUCCCUGUCCCUGCAGGACUGGGAUGUUCUUUCUCAAGAAUAGCACCAAGAAGCAGCAGAGGACAAAAUGACCCUGCAGGAGUCUUAAAACAUGACUAACAG